CCAUGGCCGCUCCCGACAGGGAUGCCAUUUCCUGGUACCAGAAGAAGAUCGGGGCCUACGACCAGCAGAUAUGGGAGAAGUCCAUCGAGCACACCGAGAUGAAGGGCUUAAAAAGCAAGCCUAAGAAGAAGGGUCACAUUCAGCCUGAUCUGAUCGACGUGGAUUUAAUCAGAGGCUCUACGUUUGCUAAAGCCAAGCCUGAAAUUCCCUGGACAUCACUAACCCGGAAGGGAAUCGUGCGAGUUGUGUUUUUCCCAUUAUUCAGCCAGUGGUGGAUACAGGUCACUUCCCAGCGUAUUUUUAUGUGGCUCCUGGUGCUCUAUGUUAUGCAAGUCAUAGCAGUUGUGUUGUAUUUCAUGAUGCCUGUGGUGAACGCAAGUGAAGUCAUGGGACCGAUGUGCCUUAUGUUGCUGAUGGGAACUGUGCACUGUCAAAUAGUGUCUACCCAGAUCAAUAGACCUUCAGGAAGCAACGGGCUCAGCAGGCGGAGGAGGAAGUUACGCAAAUCUGGGGGUGUCGAUGGGAACAGUUGGUCUUCUCCUGACAAAACCAGGAAAGAAGAGCAGUCAGAGCCUGCGUCCAUUCUUAACAAUCUAGUUAGUGUGCUUUUCCAAAGGAGGAUUAGAAGAGUGAAGUUGGUAGCUGAGAAAGGGACUGAGACAGAGAAUAGUGUGAAUGGUGUGAAUAAUGGCAUUAAACACAGACCGGCCAGAUCUGAAUACAGGCUGCUGCACUUCAAAGAGAAAAAGAAGCUUUCUGAUGGGGAAAAGAGCCAUCAGGUACCUGCAGGAAAGAGCCAUUCAAAGUCACAGGUUUCAGUAUAUUCUGAUGACUGCACCAACAGAGGUGGAGUUUCUGAUGAGCUUUCGAGUGAGGAGGAGGCUGAAGCAAUGGCACAACGGCUCUUGGUACACCAGAAUCUAGAAGGGGCUUCCAGUGACAACAGCUGUGAGGAGAAGAAAGAGAGGCCUCUUGUUUCUCUGAACCAGGCUGUCUCACAGGUCAAGGAAGCCCUGAAAAAUACCAGAGACUCUGAUAGCGUCAUGGAAUCUGAACUAGAAUCCACAUUAUACGGUCAGGAUCUGAGGUCCUGCAUUAACAUGGGAUCCCGGGGCUGUAGCGUGAUCCGCAGAGACUCCGAAAGCACUCGCCAUGACUCGGAGACAGAAGACAUGCUCUGGGAUGAUCUGCUCCACGGGCCCGAGUGCCGCUCGUCCUGCACCAGCGACAGCGAGGAGAUCACUGUGAGGGAUUCCCGGCGGGAUGCCAAGGAGGAUGUUUUCCAGCAGAAGCAUUUGUUUUGGCUGCAGAAUACAAGUCCAGCAUCUGCAAAAGUGAGCGCGCUGAUCUGGGAAGGGAAUGACUGCAAGAAGGUGGACAUGUCUGUGCUGGAGAUCAGUGGGAUUAUCAUGAGCAGGGUUAAUGCUUACCAGCAAGGAGUGGGCUAUCAAAUGCUGGGGAACAUCCUCACCAUCGGCCUAGCGUUCCUACCGUUCCUCUACAGACUCUUCCGCGCAGACAACCUGGAGCAGCUCUGCUCCAUUUCUCUAAAGGAGCUUCUGCACAUCUUCUGCGGGGCACCCGCAAGCACUCCCGUCCUUGUUUUGUCUGCAAUCAACUUCCUGGAGAGACUUUGCUUGACGUGGAUGUUCUUCUUCAUGAUGUGUGUUGCUGAGCGAACAUACAAGCAGAGGUUUUUGUUUGCCAAGCUUUUUAGUCACAUCACAUCUGCUCGGAAAGCCAGGAAAUACGAAAUCCCUCACUUCAGACUCAAGAAGGUAGAAAACAUUAAGAUCUGGUUAUCCCUUCGGUCCUACCUAAAGAGGCGAGGCCCCCAGCGCUCUGUGGAUGUUGUUGUGUCCUCAAUCUUUUUACUGGCUCUCUCAAUCGCUUUUAUAUGCUGCGCCCAGGUUCUUAAGGGCCACAAAACAUUUCUGAAUGCAGCUUACAACUGGGAGUUCCUCAUCUGGGAGGCAGCACUUCUGCUCUUUUUACUGCGCCUGGCAUCUUUGGGCUCUGAAACCAAUAAGAAAUACAGCAACAUUUCCAUCUUGCUCACAGAGCAGAUAAACUUAUUCCUAAAGAUGGAGAAGAAGCCAAACAAGAAAGAGCAGCUGUCUCUGGUAAACAACGUUUUGAAGCUAUCCACAAAGCUACUGAAGGAGCUGGAUACUCCAUUCAGGCUCUAUGGGCUGACCAUGAACCCAUUAAUUUACAACAUAACCCGGGUUGUAAUACUCUCUGCUGUCUCAGGUGUUAUAAGUGAUCUUCUAGGAUUCAACAUCAGAUUAUGGAAAAUUAAACCAUGAAGUGACCGGACAUCAGCACCUGACAGCCCCACCAGAGAAGAGAGGCAAGAGCCUGGGUGAAUGCAGAGGUGUUCUCCAGCUGCAG